UUUAAUCUUUGGGUGAACUAUCCCUUUAACAUUUCCAUAUGCUCACACAAUGAAAACUUGGUUUAGUGUAAAAUACUGGCCUAGCCUUGAUCUUGCUCCUUUUAAAGCAAUAUUUUAAUGCAUUUUUCUCCUUUGUCUUUAUUUGUUAACAUUGUAAAUAUUUCUACCAACAAGUUUAAGUUAUUUUAACUUAUUUCAAGGAACUUAUUGUAAUAAUAUUUUGCAUGCAUAUAUGCAAAUUCAUUUUUGCACACCAUUUUUUGCUGACCUCAUGAGCUCAAAAAACUGCCUGUGGCUACUUUUCAUGUGCAUGUUAGCACCUUAUUUGUGAACAGUGUCACCAGAGUUCCAUGUAAAAAAAUACUGGUGUGAAAGUCUAACCAGAAACUUCCUUCUGCAUGGCAGUAGUGUCCACCCCAUCAUCUAGUGCAGUAUAUAAACUCUAUCCUAUAUAGCUGACUUGCAUAACGCAUAGAGAUCUGCUCUUUGUGAAAAGAUGCUUUCCUUAUGCAUUCAAGUGUUUGCCGUGCUGGCUGUCUGUUCGGCUGACACUGACAAAAGAGAUAUUUCAUAUACAUUCAGGGCUUGGAAUAUUGACCAGCCUUUAAAGGAGCAACUUGCUGUUGUGUAUAAGGAGAUGGAAAGUUUGAAACAUGAACAAGCAGUAAUGAAACAAAAGCAAGAAGCCUUGAGCCAGGCAUUACCGUACUGUUCACAGAAACCUAUUGAUACAGAUGUGGAGAUGAAUUUGACAUCACUACAAACUGGCAGCAGCCAUCUGCCGUAUACCCUCACCCAGGGUGAAGAUGGAGCAGAAGGCUCCGGUGAGGACGACAGUGACGAGGCCCUUGACCCCUGCUUUCACUAUACCGUGUUGGACCAAGCCUGGAGAGCUACAAACUACAGCACCAAGAAGGUUUCUUGCGACCGGAGUGUCCAGUGGAAGGGCUGGUACCGUCUCUUCUACCGUGGAAAAACCAUCCAGAUGCCUGAGAGGUGUGUGAAGAAAGAAAUGUGCGGCACACAUGCUCCACUGUGGCUCGUCGGCGGUCACCCCCGGAUACGAGACGGAGUGGUCACCCGCAAAGUGUGUGGAAACUGGAGAAACAACUGCUGUUUGUUCAAAUCCCCUCCCAUUCAAGUGAAAGCAUGUCAGGGAAACUACUACGUCUACAAGUUUGUCAGACCGGAAGCUUGCCAUUUGGCAUAUUGUGCAGACAUUAACACACUUGUCUGUGGAAAGUGCAAAAAAAGUGAGUCUUGCAUCAGCAGAGACAAAAUUACCUGGAUGUGUAAGAAAAACAAAAUGAGAGUGAAAGCAAACGUCCAUUUUUUUGCCACCUACCCCGCCAGCAUCUCAGGAAAAGUGAACACGAUUGUGUACAGGAAAGUGUAUGUGAAUCAAGGCGAGGCUUUCAACGCUCGCACUGGGGUAUUCAGAGCUCCAUUUUCAGGCGUCUAUCAGUUCUUCUUCUCCACACAGACUGGGGGGAGUGGGACAACUGACCUGUGGCUUGUUGUAAAUAAUUACUGGGUGGCUGUCUCCCAUAGUAAUGUUCAGGGCUCCAACUCAGUUGGGAAUCUCUCUACGUACAUGACGACUCUGCGCAAAGGUGCUACGGUUUAUGUGACCCAAAAUCGCGGCAGAUCUUGGGCCACUAGUGCAUCCAACACCAUCGCUUUUGGGGGUUCAUUACUUAUGGUGAGAAAGAUCUAAGAUAUUGUAAAAGUCAACUGGAGCAGAAUUAUGAACAUUUGUAGUGUAAUUAGAGGCGAAUUUAAUAGUACCAACUAUGUUUGACUUAGUUCUGUUUAUUCAUUGCUUAACUAUUUUAAUACAUGUGUCUUACUGAGAGAUAUAUUUCCAAUGCAAAAAGUGCUUUCCAAUUUAUAAGUGCUUCUUUUCUAUAAAAUUUAUUUGCCAUAAACCAAAAAUGUUUGUCAUUAU